CUACCCGACUAACUAACACAAUAAGAUUCUGAUACCUGAUUAUCUGUUCAGUGAGAUUCUAAGAGUAUAACUAAGGAAACUCUGAUACUCACAUAGUUGGACAGUAAUGUAGAAACACACACAAAGAUAGAGAGGUUAGGUUAGAGAGAAGUCCUGAAGGCUGAUCCCUAUAGAACAGAUCCUGUGGGCAUAUUUAAAGGAACUCUGUAUCAUUUGCUGUCUCUGGGCUGGAUAAUCGAAAUAAAUUAGCUUCAUCUCUGGAAAAGAACCGUGGUUGUUUCCUUUUACCUGGCUGUGGUAAAUAUUGGAAUAUCCAGUAUAUUUGUAAUAAUAUACUACAUCUACACUAUACACAACAUUUUGGUGCCGUGACCCGGAUUGAUUGAAAAUCGCAACAUUUUGGUGCCGUGACUCGGAUUGAUUUAAUAUAUCACAACAUUUUGGUGCCGUGACUAGUGACCAGAAGAAGCGUGGAAGAUUUGUGACCCAAGAGUCUGCAGUGAAGCCCUGGAAGGAAGUGUGGAACCCUAGGACGGUGGUCUGGAAAUCUGUGACUGUGAACCUAAAAGGGUUGGUAAGAAUAUUGUUUUUUUUUUAAUUAUAUAUAUAAUUUAUUUUAAGUUAGCACUCUUUUAUAUAUACAAUGGCUUUAGUCAGUGGUAAUAGCACUAAGGGAGAAAUGGUCAGCACCUGGUUGGUUAGUUAUAUUAAAGAUCAUGGGGGACCAUAUGAAAUCCCUCAAGAAUGUAAAAAUUCAUGGGAUUUAAUGAAAGAUUUUAUAGCUGACAGUGUUUUUGAUAAGAAAACUAAGGAAGCAAAACGCAAAGGACUUAUCAUACAGGGAUUGGUCUCCUGCUGUUUAAAAAUGGCAGAAAUUAUUAAACAAAAGGAGACUGAUAUUACAGAACAGGCAGAUAAGUAUACGACUUUACUGAGAGAGUCAAAUGAAAAGAUCUCAGAGUUAAGGUUACAUGCCAUAACCACUGGGGAGGCAUUGCUUGAGAAGGCCAAUCUAUGUGACCACUUAAACGGUGUAAAUGAUGAAUUGUCAGUAAAAAUACAGGAUGUAGAAAAGGAGCUGGAGGAGCAUAAACAUGCAAUAAAUAUUGCUUUUGAUAAGGUUGGGAAUACUUCUAACCAAUCUUGUGAAAACAAUAUUUCCAAAUUUAACACAGAAAUUAAAGAACAUAAACAACUGUAUCCUUGGAAUGAAUUAGAUCCAGCGUGUAGUUUCCCAGCAGCUCCUGUUGUUACUACAACUGUAUUAAAUACUGACAAUACAGGGGAGGUACAGCUCAUCUCAAAACAAUUAAUACCUCAAGAGAUGGAUGCAAUAGUUAGAGAGAUUGGGCAGGUACCAAGAUAUGAUAUCAACAGAUUCAUGAAGUGGUUCUGUGAGUUGCAAAGGGUCAGAGAGACAUAUAAUUUGAAUCCUGAGGAUGUAGAUAGAGUGUUGCAGAGAGUAGUUGGAAAUGGUUUAUGGGUAAGGAUUGUACAGAACUGUGGACAGCAGCGCAGGACAAGGGAUGUGUUAAAGGAAAUACUUAGGGCAUUGUAUGGUAUCACAUCAAAUGUGUCUUUGUCCGGUAAGAUAAAGCAGAUGAAGCAGGAAUGUCCUUACGAAUUAUGUGAUAGGAUAGCCACAGUAAUGGGGCAAGUAGUAAAUGGUAAUCCAGGAUUAGAACAUGGUGGUUUGAUUCAUAGGGUUAUGUUGUUAGAAGCUUUAGAGGAGGAUGUCAGGGAAGGAAUAUUAUCUAUCACUCCUGAUCCUACGGAUCUAAAAGACAUUCUGUUGAGGGCAGAUAAUUUGUGGCGAAAGAGGAAUAAGGAGGAAAGUUUUGUAGUGGAUGCUGCUAGAAUUUUUAGAGUAGAGGGUCAACAAAGGAAAGAGUAUGUUGGUUUUAAAUGGCCUCAAAGAGGAAAGGGGGUUUACAAUUCAGACCGCCAGAAAGGAAAAUAUGAAUCUAGAUGGCAGAAUAGAGAAAACAAUCAAAAUGAUCGUAAAUCUAGAACUUGGAUACCCUUUCCCCAACUAAAAAGGGAACAUGAAAAACUUAAAUUUGAAUAUGAUAAGAUCAGGGCUGAGAGGGAUCUUUUAAAACAACAAGUUUCUUUACUGGAAACAGAACUUUCUAAAUUAAGGCGUGCCCCUCUUACACAUUCUGGUGUUAAGGACCAUGGGGGAGGAACUUUAAUAGAAUUCUAAACCCAUACAUGCCACAUAAAUGUUCAAUUGCACUUUCCUUUAAUUUAUCUCGAGACAAUGUAAUUUAUGUAGAAUAUAUGAAUUAAGAUUUUUCUCUAAGUUUUAUCUUCCAGGAAAAGAUCUUCAAGCAGAAGGAUAAAUGUGUCUGAAUUUUGUGGUCAUGUUUAACUUGUUUUUUUUUUUUCAUCUCACACUUAAGCAGCUUUUCAAAUUUUUUUAAUGACAGUAGAGCAUUGAUAGAUGAGACCUAAAGUUUCCAAGUGGGGGUGUGAAGGAAUUUGCAUGACACAGAGGGAGAGGUGUUGGAUGUUGACACCACAGAAGUUUUUUUGACUGGAUGCAGUAGUGCAAUGGGCUGGAUACUGUUUGAUGUCAAAAUAUAUUCUUCAGACUUCUUCUAUAACUUAUGUUCUCCCACAAAUAUAAUAGGUCAAUGGGAUUUUUAAAGGAAAAAAUGAAUGAACUGUUCUGAUGUUUGUCAGUGUCUAAAUCAGUCUUAAGUGGGAAGAUGGAAAUGCAAUGAAAAGAACUCAUUAACAUACAAACAGGACAUUAUUUACAAAGUUUCAGGACUUGAAUGUCUACUUUUAACUAAGUAACAUCCACCUUGUUAUUAUUCAGUGUUUUGUUUUAUUCAGUGUCUUUCUGUAUACAUGUUUUUGCUUUUUAAUGUAAAAAAAAAAAAAAAUCCAGAGAAUGGCCCAGAGAAAGUGCAAAUAUAUUAAUGUUGCUAUACAUAUCUGUCUAGAGAUGCUAAACAAGGGCUCAUAUUUAGCAUAUAGUCCAUAGGGGGUGUUGGAAGCUAAAUGUACAGACAUGGGUGGAUUUAUAAAGAACACAUAUACUCAGAAUAUUGAUGUUUUAGCUGCAUAUUUGCAGGGAUAUAUCCGUUAAUAUUCUGACUAGAUCAGGUAAGGGUGAUAUUGUGUCCAAAGCUAGAGUUUGUGGCUAAAUGUGGGUUUUCUGAGAAAGAAAAAAAAAAAAAAUCAGACUGUAAGAAGACCA